CCUCAUCUUGUGGCCAAACGCAAUGCGCGCGAAAGACGAAGAGUACAAGCUGUAAAUUCGGCAUUUACGAAAUUACGAAAACACGUACCGUAUGAAGCGCGCCAUAAAAGAUUAUCCAAAGUGAAGACCCUUCAGUUGGCUAUUGAUUAUAUUCAUGCAUUACAAGAUAUUAUU